UGUUAGAAACAAUUACUUCUCUCUUAUUCCAGUGCUGAUAGAAGUUUUUAUGAUGAGGACUGCCUUCUUUAAAGCACACACGAGCAUUGCAUGCUGACAAUCUUGUACUGUAUAAUAGUUUAAUGUCUGUCUGUGCUCCUUUGCAGAGCAGAUAUUUGGCUUGCAUUGCUGCUUUGGCUUCAAGUCAGGCUUCCUGUGAGGCUUUGGCUACUGGGAUUUUUUUCAGGGAACCAAUAAAUGAGCUUUGUUUAGGAUGGGCUGCCGUGUGGGUAGUUUGUGUUAGUUUGUCCAGCGCUGGCGCUGACUUUAGCAGAUGCUAGCAUGGAUCCUUCCUUUGCUUCUCUUGAACUGUGGUACUGCCACACGAAUUAAAGUUCAUGAGGAGAAAAGAGGCGUUGGGCAGAGGCCUUGUGCUUUGUGGCAGCCCUCACACUGCCUACAGUGGGCUUUCAUUUCGGUAUAGAUGUUCUGGAGUGACACCUCUAGCCUCAAAAAUCCCUUUCUCUGUUUUUUGCUGCACACAGACGUUUGCAUCUCCAAAUCCAGCAGAGCUGCAGGUAACAAACCCUUCUCCCUGGGUGACGGUUUGUGCAGCUGCUGGUUGGCAGGCUGGGGCUGCUCACUGGCACCAGGGUGUGAGCUGUGCUGCAGGUGCUGCAGCUGCUCGGUGCUCAGAGGCUCUCCAUCUCUUGCAGCAGCUGCAGGCUUCCUCUGGCACGCAGGGGCUUUCAGGGCACGGACACAGGGUCCCAGCUGAGGUUGCUGGUGGGGACGAUGGCAGCUCACCGGCAGCUCCUCCCUGCUCAAGGUAAUGUGUGCUCUGAGCAGUCCAUCCCAGAGCUGGUACCCCACAGACCAACCAACCCACCAACGCAGAGGCUGCCAGAGCUGAACUUGGCCUUUGAUGGUCCCAGUUGUCUCUGCUCUGUUUCAGGCCUGCUGCUCUCUGUCUUGGCUCUGCACUUCUGCACCCAGGGCCCUCUGGCCAUAGCAGGGCGCAAAGUGGUCAACGUGUCCAUAACAGCCACCAACCAUGCCUCGGUGGCUGCCACCAAAGCUUCUGUGGCCACCAAGCAGACCUUGGUGGCUGCUGCCAACACCUCAGUGGUUGUCACCAACCAGGCAUUGGUGGCCACCAAGCAGAGCUCACUGGCUACCACCAGUGCCUCAAUGGCUGCCUCCAACCAGGCAUUGGUGGCCACCAAGCAGAUCUCAAUGGCCACCUCCAACCAGGCAUUGCUGGCCACCAAGCAGACCUCGAUGUCUGCCACCUCAAUGGCUGCCUCCAACCACACCUCAGUGACCACCACCACCACCCUGGUGGCCAUCAGCCAGGCUUCAGUGGCUGCCAAUUCGUCCAUGAACCUUACAGAACAAACCCUGCUCAGCUGUCAGAGCUUCCAGUGCUUCGGGGAGAGGUGCUACCAGGAUGAAGCCCACAGGAACACGACGGCCACCUGCCACAAUGAGACCUUGUGUGAGCUUUAUCGUUUCUCCAGCACGAACUACACUGCCAGGUGCAGCAGUGUGUGCAGGGCAGAGCCGUGCAGGACCAAUGGCAGCAUGGCCCUACAGCAGUGCACCGUGGAGUGCUGCAACACCUCACUCUGCCUGCAGCUCAAUGCGAGCUCCUAUGGUGAUCUGCCCCCCACCACUGUGCCACCCACGACCACCAUCACCACCACCACGAUCCCGCGCCCCCCCCCCACGAAACGUAGGUACCCGAUGUGAUCUCUGUGCAAAAGCUGCCUCAAAAGGGGAGCAAAUCCUUAAUGAGCUUUGCAAGGAUGGAGAUGUAAGGGUGCUAAGCACAGCAUCUGCAUUGCUCCAAGCAGCCUGAGCUGGCUGUGGGACAGAGUCUCUUUGAGCCACAGAAGGGGUGGGGUGAUGCUGGGGCACCCAAGUGAUGGGCUGGAAAGAGCUUUAUCUCUGCCCAGCCUCACUGAGAGGAAGGAAAAGGAGGUUUGAAACUUGUGGUGGCAUUGCAGUGAGGUUUCCUGCAGUGGCAGAUGGGAGCUGUCUCUUAUCUCUGAGUGUGAAAUGCCGGAGACAGAUGAUGGCAAAUGCUGAGAUGCAGUGAAGGUUUGGGAGGGCACUGUGGAAGGAAGGGCUGCCCAAGGUCCAGAUCUGGACCUGGGCAUCCUGCUGCCUGCACCACACUUGCACAGGUCUCCUCUGGUCUUGUCUUACAGGGGAAAAUCUGUGCAGCGUUCUCCUGCCAUGGGGAUGGAUGCUUCAAAGGCAAGAAGAGCACGACUAGAUGCUUUGUUGGGCAUGAUUUCUGUGAGGUAUGGCUGGGACAGGACAGGGGGGAUGUGCUGCAGUCUGUGUGCAUCCCCUCAAUGCAAAUGCCAGAGGCUGAGCAGGACCAGCAGAUGAAUCUCUCUCCUCCUUCCAGAUGAAGAAGACGGGCUUCAAUUACGUGGCAGGAUGCAGCAGAGCCUGCAAGGCUGCCAAGCCUGUCUGUGCCCAGGGGGUGAAGGCUGCCUGCUUCCAGGAGUGCUGCCCCGCCACCAUGAAUGGCAGCUGCCUGAAGCUGGAUGGCAAAGUUCAUGUGAACGGUGCUGGGCAGGUGGCUGUGUCCCCACUGCUGCAGCUCCUGGUGUGGGGGGCAGCCCUCCUCCUGAGCUGCAAGGCCUCCACUCCCCUACACGGGUAAACAGCAGACCUGCAGCCUUUCCCCUCCUUGAUUUCAGCUGAGGUCACUAUCAAACACCCUCUGUUGCAUCCCCAUGCUUGUAGAUCCCUGGAGUUUGUAGAUGGUGAUUUCUCCCCCCAUGCAGGUGAUCCCCAUUACACGUCAUCUCCAGGAGCUGUGAGCUGCAGCAUUGCACCUCUGUACUGCAGGGAUGGUGGAUGCUGGAAGGAGAGACCUCAGGUAUAGGAGAGGGUGCUGAGCCAGCUUGGAACCCAGGAACCUCUGCCUUGACCCAAGGCACAGCUUACACAAUGUAGUUACAACCUGUUCGCAGCUGUCUGAACACCCACUUAGUUUCUAAAUAAUACCUCCUGUCCCAGUAGGCUGUGCUGUUUUGUCUCCAGAUCUUGGGCAGAGAAAUGGGGCUGAGAAGCAUUGUGUUAGACCUCCUGUUUCAUAUCUGUGAUUCUCUAUGGGUAAAAGUAGGGCAGAGACACGAACAUGAGUCUGUAACAGGAGCUGGUCCCUGUGCUCCCAGCCUGUUCCUGCAUCACAGGCAGCUGGUAACGGCUCUGUGCUGCCACUGCACAAACACAUUCUGUCCUCUUCCUGUUCUC